AUGAGAGACUUGGCAGAUGGACAGAUUGACAGAUUUCCCAUUUUUGGAUUAGUUUGCACCAUCUUUGAGUGCGAGUAUCAAAUGCAGCCAGGUUAUGAUGAUGUGUCGCAUUAUGUGGCCAUGAAUGAUCCUUUGGGCUCCAGCAGCUCUGAAUCCAGCCUCUCACAUUCCCCCAUCACUCCACCGCAGCUACGCCUGACCAAAGACAUGCAGCAAGGACAGAACACACUGUGCUUCCAAUGCAAAUGGAAAGAGAUCCUGGGUCUAUCAGACAUGAUGUCAUACCGAUCCAAAAGAUCCCUGCUGGUGCCCCCCAUGUUUGUCCCAGAGAACCAGAGAGCCCCCUUCCCCAGGUUAAUUGGAAAGUCGCAUGUGAUCUCAUCUGACAUGAAGGAAGACCACAUCUUCCGUCUGAUAGGAAGGGGAGCAGAUCAAGACCCUAAAGGUGUGUUCAGCAUCAACCGACUGACGGGAGAGGUGGCAGUUAGCCGAGCCCUGGAUCGAGAGGCCAUUGCGUACUACCAUCUCCAGGUAUCCACCACUGACCUAAGUGGCAGAUUGGUAGAGGGACCUGUAGACCUGGACGUGUCUGUUAUUGACCAGAAUGACAACCGACCGGUGUUCAAGGAGCCGCGUUACUCUGGGGAGGUUCUGGAGGGCUCCCCCACAGGCACUACAGUGAUGACCAUGACGGCUUACGACGCAGACGAUCCCAACACCGACAACGCUGUACUGCGCUACAUCAUCGUGAGACAGCUGCCCGAUAAACCUUCACCCAAUAUGUUCUACAUCGACCCGGAAAGAGGCGACAUUGUCACCGUGAUAGCACCCCACCAGCUCGAUAGAGAGACUCUUCCAACCACGCAGUAUGAGCUAGAGAUUGUGGCGAAGGACAUGGCAGGAAGUGAGGUGGGACUGACAGGAACUGCAACAGCCACCAUCACCAUCACAGACAGGAACGACCACGCACCUGAGUUUACACACUCACUGUUCCAGGCAUCAGUGAAUGAGGGAUCAACUGGGGUGGUAGUGAACCUGACAGUGGAUGACAGAGACGACCCCGCCACUGGAGCCUGGAGAGCCAUCUACUCCAUCAUCAAUGGAGAUCCCAACCAGAACUUUGAGAUACAGACCAACCUGGACAACAAUGAAGGGAUGCUGUCAGUGGUAAAGGUGCGAAGUCCACCUGCCUCGGGCACGGGUACGCUGAAAAUCACUCUGGAGGACGAGAACGACAACGCUCCCUAUGUCUUCCCCUCCGUGGCCCGCGUGUGCGAGGACGCUAAAGACAUGAAUGUGGUGGUGAUCGGGGGACGAGACAAGGACAUUCAUCCUAAUACAGAUCCUUUCAAGAUCGAACUUGGCAAACAGCCAGGACUGGAGAAAACAUGGAAAAUCUCCAGGAUCAAUGACACUCACUCCCAGAUCAUGUUGCUGCACAGUCUGAAAAAGGCUAACUACAACCUGCCGCUGGUUCUGACCGAUUCUGGCAUCCCUCCAAUAUCCAACAACACAGAACUGAAAGUUCAAGUGUGCACCUGUAGGAAGAACAGAAUGGACUGCAGCCGUGCCAGCUCCAUCCAAACAAACCUCUUGCUAUUGCUCGGCCUGGUUCUGCUCUCCAUCCUCUGCUUGUAAAUUCCGCUGAUUCUUUCUGUAGUCCUUUUGCAACACUGAAGAAAACCUUCUUCUCUUCUCCACACGCAAACCAGGCCGAGAGAGAAGACCUCACCCCCAAAAGACACUUUGCACCCUUCAUUUUUGCUCACCUCUUUUCCGCCAUCGUCUCUCUCUCUAUUGCCAACACCUUCACCUUUUCACCAGGAACUCUCCCUCUGUCCUCUCCCUCCUUCCCCUGCACUCCCUGUCUUCUCAUACCUCUGGAAUACAUCACGGACGGCACCGCCUCGAUGCUCGAACUCUCUCUCACUGGACAAAGAUAUAUUGGAUGGGGCAAAGCGAUUGGACAUUUUGAUGUACUUUAGUUUCCUCUGGUUAAAGACUACUGUAUUUGAUCUUGUUUACUAAUGUAAGGGAAGGACACAAGGCCUCUUUAGUCUGCAGUGGUUGUGUUUUCUUAGGGCAGGGUGGUAGCCUUCAGAGUCUAAAAAAAAGCAUCUCUUGCGUCUUUUUGUUUUUAGUUCAAUUGCAUUAGUUGUUAUGGAGUGGAACACAAUAUAUCUUUAUAGUAAUGUGUGAAAUGGUGGGGGGAAAUGUACACUAUAUAUUUUAUUUUUUACCAAUGUACAAUUAUAUUAAUUAACUUAUGUACUUUGAUCGCUUAUUCUUUAAUGACCCCUCACGAGAAAGAAAAAAAAAAGAAAAGAACUGUAUGUUUUUGCAAAAUUUUAGGGACUAUUUCUAAUGCCAUUGAUGUUUUUUCCUCUUUUUAUCAUGUACAAGCUCUUGUUUAGGUUCUUGAGUCUGGAGAGCGAUUUGCAGACAGAGAGAGAAUCUGUCUUGUGAUUCUUGUUUCUGGUGGUAUGGCGUUUAUUUUAUUUUUCUCCCUCUCCCCUUGGGUCAAAGUCAAAGAGGCCAGGGAAGGCUGUUGAUUCAGUGGGGGGGGGGGGUUUCGUUUUUUUUUUGCGCUUGUGAGAAUACAGAAAAAGGUUUGUGUGGAAGACCCCGUAACUUCUGAAAAUGCAAAGAAAAAGAUGACGUGGUGAAUGAGUUUUGUCUGUCUUUUGCACUAAUUUAAUAAAGCUGUUACCGUACUUCCCAC